AUGAGAAAAAUAGAACUCUUCUUGAUUAUUUUUCUUCCUUCUCCAUCGCUUAUUUACGUAAUAUCAUUUUUCUUACCAGGUUCUUAUGUUUUCUAUCUUCCCUGUUUUUUUUCCUUAAAUCCUGUUUCUUACUUUGCCAAUUAUCAAUACAUUUUGAUCGGGUCUCUUUCAGUUUUUCUUUCUUAUUUCAAUUCGUUUCGCCUUUCUUCAUUUAUUUUCUCUUAUAUUUUUGUUUACUCUUUCAGUCUUUCUUUUCUUCUUUCUGCCAUUCAUAGGUCUCUUGAUCCUUUUCUUCUUUUUUCGUUCUUUUUCUUUUUCAGUCUCUUCCUUCUGCCUUUCAAUAUCCUCUUCUUUCUAUUUGUUAUAUGGCAUUUCUUUCUAUUUUCUUCUCUCUUUUCUUUCAUGCCGAAAUUCGUCCUGUUGUACUUCUUUCUUUCUAUCAUUUGGUCUUCACUUUCUGUUUCUCACGCUUUCUUUUCUUUAUGCCUUUCGUUUUUCUCCAUUUAUUGCGUUUCUCUUCUUUUUGGAAUUAUUUCUCUUUGUGUUGCUACUUUUCUUUCACUAUUUCUUGUUUUUUUUUUCCUACCGCGUUUCUUGAUAAUCUCUCUGUUCUCCUCCUCCCUCUGUUCGUUCUAUCAUUAUCUCUUCUCAUUUCUCCAUCCCAUUCUUAAUCUUCUUUCUCUCUUCGACGUUCUGUUCUCUUUGCAUAUGCCGCUUCUUACCCAUUCUACUUCUCUUUCCCUGACUUUUCUCUUAUUCAAGCUCUUCUGUCAACAUAUGUUCCCGUUGAUUUUCAUCCAUUUUAUUUGUCACCGAAUUAUCUUUGUUUCCUCGUUUCUUUAUUUGUACUCUUUCUUUCUUUCUCUGUUCAUUUUUUUCUCGACUUUUCUGAUUCGUUUUUUGUACGUAUUUGACUUCUCACAUAUUUCGUGGUUCUUUCUUUCACAACUUUUCUUUUUUUUGUUCUUUUUCUCUUUAUUCUUUCUUUUUAUCUUUUCUUCUUCUUUCUCUAUAAACUCUACUUUUCUUCUUACUUUCGAUAUAACCCUGCCAUUUUUUUUUCCUUUUUUCCUUCUGUUGUGGGAGAAUCAAUCUUGCACUAUCUAUCUAUCUAUCUAUCUAUCUAUCUAUCUAUCUAUCUAUUCCGGAACUUUGAUUAUGCAUGCAUGUUAUGUUUGUAUGUAUGUAUGUAUGGAUUUAUCACAGGACAGUCAUUAUCUAUCUAUCUAUCUAUCUAUCUAUCUAUCUAUCUAUCUAUCUAUCUAUCUAUGUGACGUUUUGUUUAUCUGA